AUGGCCUACACCAACGGAUUCGAACAGUCAAUACCUCACCAGCAGGAAAAGAACCUGCCCGGCGGCGGCAAUUGGGUCGUGCAAAAGUUUGGCGGCACCAGCGUCGGCAAGUUUGCCGUCGACAUUGCCAAAGACAUUGUCAUUGCUAGCCUGAAGGACCACCGCACCGCCAUCGUGUGCUCUGCCCGCAGCACCUACACCAAGAGCGAGGGCACCACCAACCGUCUGCUCCGCGCUGCCCGCGAGGCCGAACGCAUUGGCUCGCGCAAGUACGUCGACAUUGUCGAUGUCAUCCGCGUCGACCAUAUUGCCGUCGCAAAGGACACCAUCUCGUCGGCCGACAUUCUCGACUCCUACUCGGAUGCUGUCAAUGCCGAGUGCGACUCCCUGAUCAAGAUUCUCGAGUCUGCCCAGCACUUGACCGAGGUCAGCAAGCGUACUGAGGACAAGAUUGUCGCAAAGGGCGAGAAGCUGUCGUGUCUGUACAUGACGGCCGUCCUGCAGGACCGUGGCUGCAACGCCAAAUACGUCGAUCUGAGCAAUGUCAUCGACUUCCCCGUCGGCGAACGCAUCGAUGACUCCUUCUACCGCAACCUGGCCCAGUCUCUCGCUGCCGCUGUCCACGCCUGCGGUGAUGCCGUUCCUGUCAUUACUGGCUACUUUGGCGACGUCCCUGGCGGUCUCCUCACCCAGAUUGGACGUGGUUACACCGACCUUUGCGCCGCUCUGGUUGCUGUCGGCAUUGGCGCCUCCGAGUUGCAGAUCUGGAAGGAGGUCGAUGGUAUCUUCACCGCAGACCCUCGCAAGGUGCCCACUGCUCGCCUGCUGCCCUCCGUCACCCCUUCCGAGGCUGCCGAGUUGACCUUCUAUGGAUCUGAAGUCAUUCACCCCUUCACCAUGGAUCAGGUCAUCAAGGCUAGCAUCCCAAUCCGCAUCAAGAACGUCAAGAACCCCCGCAACCAGGGCACCGUCAUCUGGCCCGAUCAAGCCGAUGACCUCGGCGAGAAGAAGCCUUCUCUCUUCCGCAACCGCAGCCUGGUCAGUCUCAGCACCCACGAUGGGCCCAAGCGUCCCACCGCUGUCACAAUUAAGCGCGGUAUUACCGUGCUCAACGUGCACUCCAAGAAGCGUACGCGCGCCCACGGCUUCCUCAUGUCCAUCUUCUCUGUCCUCGACAAGUGGCAUCUGUCCGUCGACCUCAUCUCGUCGUCCGAAGUCCAUGUAUCCAUGGCUCUCCACUCCGAGGUCGCCCUCCUGUCUGGUGCCGGGCCCGACUCUGAAGAGAUUCAGAUCGAGUCUGCUGCCCUCAAGGGAGCGGUCGACGACCUCAGCGUGUGGGGUGAUAUUGACCUUGUCCCUGGCUUGGCCGUCAUUAGUCUUGUCGGUCGCCAGCUGCGUAGCAUGGUUGGCAUCAGCGGUCGCUUCUUCAGUGUGCUUGGGGAGAAUGGCAUCAACAUCGAGAUGAUCUCUCAGGGUGCCAGCGAGAUCAACAUCUCUUGCGUUAUCGAAGAGGCCGAGGCUAACAGAGCGCUCAACGUGGUCCACACCAAUCUUUUUACUUUCCUCGAUUGA